CUGCCCUAGAAGCCAGGAUCACUCCUAUACACUGAACACGCAUCGAAGGAAGAGGGUAGUCUGCCAUGAGUAGCUUAUAUACAACAGAGCCGCCUCCUACGGGAAAGGUCAUCAUUGAAACGACAAUGGGGGAAAUCGAAAUCGAACUUUGGUGCAAGGAAACUCCGAAAGCAUGCAGAAAUUUCCUGGCAUUGAUCAUGGAAGGUUAUUACGAUAAUGUGAUCUUUCACCGGAUCGUGCCUGGGUUUAUCGCGCAGACGGGUGAUCCUACUGGGACAGGGAUGGGAGGAGAGUCUUUCUACGGAGAACCGUUCGAGAACGAAACGCAUUCCAGGCUCAAGUUCAAUCGAAGAGGAUUAAUAGCGUUCGCAAAUAACGGGGACAAGAGGUCUAAUACGAGUCAAUGGUUCAUCACAUUAGACAGGGCCGAUGAGUUGCAGAAUAAACAUACCUUGUUUGGGAGGGUUAACGGUCCCACCAUCUACAACGUUCUAAAAAUCGCCAACCUCGAGCUCGACAAGCAAGAACGACCGCUCUUCCCGCCCAAGAUUACCUCGGCACGGAUCAUCGAGAAUCCCUAUACGGAUAUCGUGCCCAGGAUUACGGCGGAGGAAAAGAGACAACAGCUCGCAGCUCGUCAGGCGGCGAAUGCUGAGAGGGAGCGGUUGGACAAGCGGAAGGGCGCCAAAAAAAACACAGGUCUUUUAAGUUUUGGGGACGAGGAGGACAAGGAUAGCGGGGUGCUCGCUGGGGGGAAGAAGAAGGUGAUGGCGCGACCAGAUUUCGUUGAUCCCAAUGAAAGCGCUGCCGCGGGGAGACCCGUUGAAACUUACGUCGAGCUGCCGGAGUCGCUGCGGAAUAUCGGGAAGAAACCGGUCGAACUAAAUCGGCCGGUGAAAAAGCCGACGGACAGUGAUAUAGAGGGCGAUGUAUCUGGCAUCAGAGCGAAGCACGAUGCUGAAAAGAAGAACACAGCUGAUGCGAGAAAGGCCCAAAUCGAGGAGAUGCAAGCCAAAAUCAGAAAACUUGACAAGCGGAGAGCUGGUUCAGAUUCCGAUGAUUCUGAUGACGAUGCACCAAGAAAGAAGCGGUCUGGCCCUUCGUUCCUCGACCAGGAGUUGGCCAAAUACUCGGCUGGACGACGUGGGAAGCGUAGUGGCAAGAAGGAUGAGGAUGAUGUGCUCAGCGCGCUGAGCAGCUUUACGGGCAAGAUCAGAAAGGCGGGUACGAGUGAUGCUGUGCACGACGAAGACGGCAAGGAGGGCGAAGAGACACGACGUCUGGAUGAUGAUACCGGUGGACUGGAGAUUGACGACGAUAUAGGCUUCAUGUCCCACGCCUUGAAAGCGACGAAAGAAGACGACGCAGAGCAGACAAGACGAGCGGAAAGUGACUACACAGUGAUCGACCCGAAAGCAAAAGCUCGAGCAAUUAAAGACGAGAAAGUCGAGCGGAGAAGAGAUUCGGGGAGGAAUCGAGGUCAUGGUUCCGGUCGGCGGUGACGGUUCUGUUUGAUCUACGUACGGUCACUUUUGCGCGCGUCGACUCCCCGCAGAGCGACAUUGCAGACCUGCUAUUCUUUUUGUUAUUGUUACAACGAAGAGCGCCUCAGCGUAAAAUGUUCCUACAC